AUGAAGAUUGAUGGCGAUUCCCAUUUUCAAGGAGGUGAUGUGAUACGAACGGAUGUGACUGUUGCUGAUACUGGAAAUUGCCCGUCCACCUUAUAUCAAUCCGCAAGAUACGGAAACAUCAGCUACAGUUUUGGUGGUUUUCCUUCCGGAAAUUACUUAGUCGAUCUACACUUCGCCGAGAUCAUUUACACAAAUGGACCCAAGGGAAUGCGAGUGUUUGAUGUUUUUAUUCAAGGAGAAAAGGUACGAGCCACUUCCCCUUCUGGGUUCCUCUUGGACUCUGUCAGUGUUCAUGAGAUUUUUGCUUCCAUUUUUGGUCUCUAUUUUGCAGGUCUUGUCCGAAGUCGACAUUUAUGCAGUCGUGGGAGCCAAUAAGUCUCUUGUAAUCCUAGAUGUCGGAGUCUCUGUAGAAGAGAAUGGUGUAAUCUACAUAAAAUUUGAAGGAGCUCAUGGGAGCCCAUCUGUCUCAGGGAUUUGCAUUAGACAAGCACAGAGAAUGAUCGGUAAUUUUCGUUUUCUAUUAACGUCCAUUGAUGAAGAUAUUAGGUUUUAUUUACUUUUUUUGGGUCAUGUAGAUUCAUCUCCGGGAAGGACAGUGGGGAAAUCAGGGCAUCAUUUAUGCAAUAAAUGUGCUUCGGAAAUCAAACAUUCUCCCAUGCAGGUCAGCAACCUCUGAUGCGGAGACAGACACUUUGUUUUGAGGGGAGGAAACUGAUAAAAGUUGUUUAACCUGUGCCUCUUUGCUCAUGCAGAAUAGGGCACUGAACCCUCAGUCCAUUGUGAAAUACGAGAGGAAAAUACAGGAGUUAGAAAGUCUCUGCAAACUUAAAACGGAUGAGUGUUACGAGGCAUGGAUGUCUCUGACAGAUGCAAAUGAACAGCUGGAAAAACUGAAGAUGGAACUUGACACCAGGUUUUUCCAGUCUGAUUCUCUUGGUAGGGAAAUGAAAUGCUUAUUGCAGUAGAAUGAUAUAUUUUCCCCUAAUCUACGCCAGUCACUUUAUCGGAAAUGAAUUCUUUCGUGCCAGAUCAAGCUUUUAGGAAACAAACAGAAAAGUUAGAAUUUGUUUCUGCGAAGUAUGAAGAAGAUAAGAAGUACUGGACUGCUGCCGUUAGUGAAUUGCAGGCAAAAAUCCAGGUGCAGAUUUGACCCAGCCAUGUUUCCCGAUGCAUAACAUGCAUCGGAUUAUAGGAAAAUGGUACUUAUCCUGUACCUUUUCUUCAACAGUUAAUGAAAACAGAGCAGGCGCAACUAUCCCAUGAUGCACAUGAAUGUGCCAGUGCAAUUCCAGAAUUGAGCAAAAUGAUCACUGGAAUUCAGGCAUUGGGUAAGCUAUAUGAAUUUCGUCUGUGCAGAAUUUGAGAACUUAUCUCACUUUAGUUUUUAUCUCUCGUAGUUACACAGUGUGAAGAUCUCAAGAUAAAGUAUACUGAAGAGCAGGCCAAAAGAAAAAAGCUAUACAACCAAGUCCAAGAGGCAAAAGGUGUGACCUUUUAAUCUUCUUUCCUAUUUUGUUUCAGAUCCUAUGGUGGAUAUAUGCUUGACAUGGUGUAAGAGCCCCUUCUCCUAUUUGUCCCGAGCAGGAAAUAUUAGGGUGUUUUGUCGUUGCCGCCCCAUGAGCAAGGAAGAGGUUUCAUCUGGUUAUGCAACCGUAGUAGACUUUGAAGGUGCGAGAGAUGGCGAUCUUGGGUUAUUGACUAGCGGGUCCUCGAAAAGGAGCUUCAGGUUCGACCGAGUUUUCACUCCCAGGGAUGACCAAGGUAUAUAUAUAAUUCACAGAUGAGCACCAUCACCUUCCUCGGGUUGAACUGUUUAAUACUAACAUGAUGGUGGUUGCUUCUCCCUCUCAAUACUAUGAGCAGUGGACGUGUUUGCUGAUGCAUCACCAUUGGUGGUGUCAGUCCUCGAUGGUUACAAUGUGUGUAUCUUUGCAUACGGGCAGACUGGGACGGGGAAGACUUUCACCAUGGAAGGAACAGAGCAGAACAGGGGGGUUAACUACAGAACGUUAGAGGAGCUAUUCAAGGUUGCAAGGGAGAAGAGAGAAGCUUUCUCCUACAACAUCACCGUUAGCGUGCUCGAAGUAUAUAACGAGCAAAUCAGGGACUUGCUGGCAACAUCCCCAUCAUCAAAGAAGUACACCUAACAGAUCAUUUUUUUUUUUUGAAACCAUCAUAAUAAGUGUAGAUGCUAAAUCUGUGUAACUACAAUUUUCUUACCCUUGAAGGCAAUCGCUUGACAGUCUGAUAUUCUUUGUCUACUUUAGCCUGAAGGUGAGACAGGCAUCUGAGGGUGCUCAUCAUGUCCCUGGGAUUGUAGAGGCCAGGGUGGAGAACAUAAAGGAGGUCUGGGAUGUACUACAAGUUGGCAGCAAUGCACGUGUCGUUGGAUCCAAUAAUGUGAAUGAGCACAGCAGUCGUUCUCACUGGUAGGGUGGGGGGGUGUGUGUGUGUGUGGGGGGGGGGGAGAGAGAGAGAGAGAGGGAUGUGCAUUCUUCGUUCUAAUGUACCGCAUCUUCCUAUAAAUUUUCAGUAUGCUCUGUAUAAUGGUGAGGGCGAAGAAUUUGGUGAACGGAGAGUGCACCAACAGCAAACUUUGGCUCGUCGAUUUGGCUGGAAGCGAGAGGCUUGCAAAGACAGAUGUCCAAGGGGAGAGGCUGAAGGAAGCUCAGAACAUCAACAGGUCCCUUUCAGCUCUCGGAGACGUCAUCUCUGCUCUUGCCAACAAAAGCAGCCACAUCCCAUACAGGUUUGAGGCCAACUACAAUACUUUACCGUCCCGUGGCGCCUUAAAGUGUUCUGUAUUCCGCAUGUUUAUGCUCUCAUUGUUGGAUGGCACUGCAGGAAUUCGAAGUUGACCCAUUUACUACAAGAUUCGUUAGGUAAUCAAUUAUCUUUUGUGCUGCUUCUCGACCCAGAUGUACUCCAUCGAAACCGCAGAUUCUUUUGCGCUGAAAUUCGGUGUCUUCGUCUGUCCUCUUGGCCCAACGUACAUUUAUUCGCUAAAACUCUGCUUUCUAUUGGCACAACAGGCGGUGACUCAAAGGUGCUGAUGCUCGUACAAAUCAGCCCCUCUGAGAAUGACUACGGUGAGACCUUAAGUUCAUUAAAUUUUGCUACCCGAGUACGAGGGGUAGAGUUAGGUCCUGCAAAGAAGCAAAUAGACACGGGGGAACUACAAAAGACCAAACAAAUGGUAAGGGUUCAAGCCUGUUCUGUGAAUGAAUCUUCUGUCUGAAUUUUUUUUCUUAUUUAAAAAGUUUUCAGCUCUCGUUUUUCCCAAUAAUAUCCAUUAGUCCGCUGGGUGUUUGUGCAAAAAUUGACCCUGCUUGCUUGUGCGUCUUUGUUCUGAAGCUAGAUAAAGCCAAGCAAGAGUGCCGAUCAAAAGAAGAAUCCCUCAGGAAAAUGGAAGAGACCUAUCAAAAUCUGGAGAGUAAAAUCAGAAACAGAGAUCAACUUUGCAGAAGCCUACAGGAAAAGGUGCGACUUAGGAAACAUUAUUCCUAUACUACUGCUUAUGUUUUGUAACUUAGAGUGUGACGUUUCUGAAGAUUUUAUUCUACUUACUGCAGCUGAAGGAACUUGAAGGGCAACUUCAAUCGAAGGCAGACUUGCAAAGCUUAUCAGAUAGGCAACAGUUCCAAGUUUCGGAGGCAUUGAAGGCAAAGGAGGAGGCUUGCAUGAGUCUGCAACAAAAGGUUAGCUGCAAGCAGUGCAGUGCACCCAGCAUUGAGAUGGCUCGGCUCGUUCAUUCAGAACUGACUAGAUAUAUCUAUGUUUGAAUUCAGAUUAAAGAGUUGGAGUAUAAGUUGAAAGAGCAACAACACUCGGCCCUGUACAAGGUGGCGAAUCCUUCGAAAGAAAAACUCCAUGCGUGCUUGUUCUUCUCAGGAAGUUUCCUGUUCAGCACUCACGAUAAACGGGUCAUUCUUUUACAUAAAUAGGUGAAGGAGCUCGAGUACAGACUCAAAGAGAAGCAAAGCCACGAAUCAUUUCUUGAACAAAAGGUUGGUGUUCUACCCUCCUUUCUUGUCCUGAUGUGCCCGGUAGUUUGGUGUGCAUUGACCGGUUCUUUUCACAACAUGCAGAUCAAGGAGCUUCAGUGGAGACUUAAAGACAGGCGACACACGCAAUCGACGGAGAACAUUGAACAUAUGGUAAUUUUGUUAAACAACGCUGCCGUUCUCUUUUUCCUCCCUUAAAGAGACCUGGCAGAUGGAUGACCUGUGAGCACAACUUAGCAGAUGAAAGAUGUUGAGGAUUACGAACCAAAGGGGGAGCAUCCAGAACCCAUGUUGUUAUUAUCAUCUCCGCUGUCAUCUGGCAUGCCAGGGCUUGCCGCCACCCCGGCCGAGAGGAAAGAAGCUCCGAAGGCUGAUGAUGGAUCCACAGGCGGUGACAUUAACCCCCGUAUCCUAAGGAGCUCGAACGCGAUCAACAGGCCAGUUACGAUCCACCAGGAGUCUAUUCUGCUCAAGGGGAUGGACUCCCUUCAGGAGGUCAAGAGGAGACGCGAAAGAAGUGGGUUGGAUGGCGGGGAGAUGGAGAACAGCAUUUCAUCAAAUGGCUUCAAGGAGAGGAAGACUACGGCCCUAAGUGAAGCGGGUCGGCUCAGGAAGACUAUUGACUCGUCCAAGGUGUACGGCAGAGUAACGAGGACCGCCGCAACGUCGAGGGUGGUCUCAACUCAACAACGGCUGGUCACUCAUGCCGUCGUACUCAAUAAAGAGCAAAGACGCGCUUCUGCGGUGGGCAAAGAGAGAGAGAGGGCGACGAGGGUGUGGUCAAGAUAG